AAAUAUUACCAUAUUUGGUAUCAGAUCAGGACGACGGUUAUUUUACAAAUCAUUUCAAUCUUCUCAAAAGAGAAUUGGCAAAUUGAAGAAGAGGUGCAUUUUUCAGUGAAAAUUGGAACGAUUAUUCAUCGAAUCAAAGAAAAAUGUCAGGAAUAACAGAGGAAGACCAGAAAGCAAUGAUGAAAGCAUAUAAGGAAGAGGGUCUUCCUGGUUUAAAGCAGGUUAUUGUAGAAAACAGUAACAAGUGGGAGAAAGAACCGGUACGCAUUGCAGUGACUGGAAACUCGGGCGUUGGGAAAUCCAGUUUUAUCAAUACUUUCCGUGGAUUAAAACCUACAGAUCCCUAUGCAGCCGCAGUCGGAACAACAGAAACGACAAUGGAAGUGAAGGCAUAUCCACAUCCCAAGCACAAGAACUUUGUCUUGUACGACCUCCCCGGUGUGGGAACGCAGCAGUUUCCUCGCGAGUCAUACGUAGAGAAAGUUGACUUCAACAAGUACGACUUCUACAUGAUACUGUCUGCCACUCGUUUUACGGAAAACGAUGCGUGGCUCGGUCAAAAAGUAAAGGAGCAACAGAAGAAGUUCUUCUUUGUGAGAACAAAAAUCGAUAUCGAUAUGUAUAACGAAAAGAAGGAUUCUGGGGAAAACUUCAACGAAGAAAGAAGCCUGCGAAAGAUACGAGAAGAUGCAGAACGCAAUCUUCGAGGUUUGGACGCAAAAGUUUAUCUGAUAUCAAAUGAACUUCGAAAAAUAAACCUGUUUGAUUUUGAUCGAUUAAUGCAAGAUGUGAUUGAGGGAGCUCCGCAAGUGAAGAAAGAACCCAAAACGCAAUCAUAUAAAAGAACAAAAAUGCCAGGAAUAACAGAGGAAGACCAGAAAGCAAUGAUGAAAGCAUUCAAUGAAAAGGGUCGUCUUGGUUUAAAGCAGGUUAUUGUAGAAAACAGUAACAAGUGGGAGAAAAUACCGGUACGCAUUGCAGUGACUGGAAACUCGGGCGUUGGGAAAUCCAGUUUUAUCAAUACUUUCCUUGGAUUAAAAUCUACAGAUCCCUAUGCAGCCGCAGUCGGAACAACAGAAACGACAAUGGAAGUGAAGGCAUAUCCACAUCCCAAGCACAAGAACUUUGUCUUGUACGACCUCCCCGGUGUGGGAACGCAGCAGUUUCCUCGCGAGUCAUACGUAGAGAAAGUUGACUUCAACAAGUACGACUUCUACAUGAUACUGUCUGCCACUCGUUUUACGGAAAACGAUGCGUGGCUCGGUCAAAAAGUAAAGGAGCAACAGAAGAAGUUCUUCUUUGUGAGAACAAAAAUCGAUAUCGAUAUGUAUAACGAAAAGAAGGAUUCUGGGGAAAACUUCAACGAAGAAAGAAGCCUGCGAAAGAUACGAGAAGAUGCAGAACGCAAUCUUCGAGGUUUGGACGCAAAAGUUUAUCUGAUAUCAAAUGAACUUCGAAAAAUAAACCUGUUUGAUUUUGAUCGAUUAAUGCAAGAUGUGAUUGAGGGAGCUCCGCAAGUGAAGAAAGAACCCAAAACGCAAUCAUAUAAAAGAACAAAAAUGCCAGGAAUAACAGAGGAAGACCAGAAAGCAAUGAUGAAAGCAUUCAAUGAAAAGGGUCGUCUUGGUUUAAAGCAGGUUAUUGUAGAAAACAGUAACAAGUGGGAGAAAAUACCGGUACGCAUUGCAGUGACUGGAAACUCGGGCGUUGGGAAAUCCAGUUUUAUCAAUACUUUCCUUGGAUUAAAAUCUACAGAUCCCUAUGCAGCCGCAGUCGGAACAACAGAAACGACAAUGGAAGUGAAGGCAUAUCCACAUCCCAAGCACAAGAACUUUGUCUUGUACGACCUCCCCGGUGUGGGAACGCAGCAGUUUCCUCGCGAGUCAUACGUAGAGAAAGUUGACUUCAACAAGUACGACUUCUACAUGAUACUGUCUGCCACUCGUUUUACGGAAAACGAUGCGUGGCUCGCUCAAAAAGUAAAAGAGCAACAGAAGAAGUUCUUCUUUGUGAGAACAAAAAUCGAUUUCGAUAUGUAUAACGAAAAGAAGGAUUCUGGAGAAAACUUCAACGAAGAAAGAAGCCUGCGAAAGAUACGAGAAGAUGCGGAACGCAAUCUUCGAGGUUUGGACGCAAAAGUUUAUCUGAUAUCAAAUGAACUUCGAAAAAUAAACCUGUUUGAUUUUGAUCGAUUAAUGCAAGAUGUGAUUGAUGGAACUCCGCAAGUGAAGAAGGAAUCCUUGGUUUUCAAUUUACAAACGCUUUCCGAAAAUGUCAUCUUGGAGAAAGGGAAAGCUCUGUCUAACAGAGCCUUAAAAAUGGCUAUUGCGGCAGCUAUUGAUGGUGCUUCACCAUUACUAGGUGUGGGCAAUGUUGUCGACAUAAAAAUCCUUACCCAUGAAGCGAUGUUUUACAAGAGGCAGUUCAAUCUUGAUGAGAAUUCGAUAAAGGAAUAUGAGAGGGAAUAUGGAAUAAACACUGAUACCCUUGGCUUGAAAACGCGAUCGAUUUUCAAUUCAACAAUUAAUUUAUUGAAAUCAUGCGCCGCUGAAGUUGCUGGAAUUGGUGUUAAAAUCGUUCUUUCAACGAUCGAUGGGUUUGAUAAGGUUAUUACUGGAAUAAAUGCCUUUGAAAAUACAUUUGCAUUGCUUCAGGAUCUUUUACAGAAAUUGACAGAGGAUGCCCUCAAACUCAUCUAUGAAAUAGAAAAACGGUUUUCUGGAUCGACACACACGUGGCUUCAUAUAAUAAAAGGACGCCUUUAGACACUGGUCUAGCAGAACAUUUAUGUUCCAAAACAGUGUUGAUCGUGUAUGAAAAGAAAGUUGCAUUGUGCUGUUAAAUGUUGAUUCAUUUUGCUAUUUUUAUUAAAAUUAACGAUUUUUACGCCAUUAUUUGCAAGCAAUACUUAAAUAAAAGGGUACGUUUUUUGUGAUAUACGCAUUAUUCUUAAUAGAAGGUGAAUAUGAACUAGCUAUGCAUACAUCAUAUACAUAGUGAUUCAUUUAGUUUCGUAUUAAUGAAAUGAUAAUGAAUGCUGAGUGAAUAGUAAAAUCAAAACCUACAGAAACUUUGUUUAUUGUAAUAAUAUAUCUGUUUAACUUAUUUUGGAUGACCUUAGAUAUUUUGUUUAUAAAUAGUUUUAGUUAAAAUAUCUCUAAAGGAAUGAUUAUGAAAUUCGCUGAAAUUUACCUUAAACGAUUUUGUGUCUGAAAACAAUCGUUAAAUGUAAUAAUGUUUUAGUUAUUUGGGAAUAAAAACUUUAGAUUA